GUUAAAUACAAAUUUCAAAUUUCCCUAAAAUAGGCAGAAAAUCACGGUAAAAGUCUUAAUUCUUAUCCUUAACUAAUGAUAAAGUAUUUGUCAAAAUAUUAACAACGAGAAAUAAUUUAUCUGAUAAAACUGGCGGCAGGUGUAAGUGAAUCACUAUGGAAUUGCCAACAUCCGGAGAACUGGUCCACAUCGGCCGUUCAAGAAUGGAUAUCGUUUUCAUCUAACAAAUACAACUUCCCAGAGCAUAUUCGCGCUAGGACUAUGGGUUGUCUUCACGGAUACACGGGCAAGAGGUUGUUGGCUAUGCUUCUUCCAGACUUUCGAAUUCAGUUUGGAGAUGUUGGCGAGUUGAUAUUUACAGCCUUUCAACAGAUCCUAGACGUGGCUCCAAACUUCGAAGUCAGAUCUAACAUUUAUCAGUCCAAGAUCGCCCGUUUACUUGAAGAUCUGGCAGGCGCAUGUACCAGUCAGAACACAGUUCCUCUCUGGAAGUCGUUGCACCUUGAACACUGGAGCAGUAUCGAAGUUCAUGACUGGAUAAAAAGUGCAGCGAUUGAAUAUAAUAUAGACACACGUGAUCGGAAGCAACUAUUGGACAUGUUUUCAAGAUAUACUGGUGCUGAUCUUAUUAAAAUGACUGUUGAUGACUUUAAAGCAAUCAGUGUUGAUUAUGGUGAAACACUCUUCAUGACACUGCACAGUCAUAAACAAGAAGAGGGUGUAUGCAGAAAGCGGCAUCGGUCAAGUACUGAGCUACCUUCAAUACCAGAAAAUGAAUAAUGUGUAUAGCGGAUAUUCACUCAAAACGCAUAAUGAAAUAGAUAUGGUACUUCAAGAUGUAUGUGUCAACUCCAUUGCGCAUGUCUAUAAACAUUUUAAGUUACCAUAACAUCAAUUAAAUAGAUAGUCCUGAGUCGUCUGGACGUCAGUGUUUCAUCAUGAAAGAUUCAAGAAAGAAGUUUCAUAUAUCUUUAGUAUGACUGAAAGUCAGUGUAGUUUAUGCAAUAAAUUAAUUUGAUCUUAAAGUGUGAUAAGUUAACCAAAUUUAAAAGGAUUACCCAAGUAUCUAUUGUUCCCUUAUUAACCCAUAUGAUAAUCAUUUAAAGAAAUAUUUUCAAUUACGUUUUCUGAUCAAAUUUAAACUUUGGAAAUUAUUGUUUAAACACUACUGUUACAUUAGUCAUUCCAUUUUUUAUCUGUUCGUGUGUUUAUUUAUGUAAAGGUGUAAAUAAGGCAGCAUGAUUUUAGUUUGUUAAUGUUUACUUCUGAAAGAAGUUCUCGGUAAUUCACUUUUCAAUAUUCAUUUUAUGUAUACUUUUGAGCAGUUAUACAAUAACAAACAAUGUUAGCUCGUGUAUGUACAUAGUAAAGUCGACAAGUGUCUUUUUCGUCCAAGUUCUUCGUGUUUUCAUAUGUAUACAUUUUCCAUUGUUCCUCGUGUCUUGGACUCAGUUGUUAUAAUUUCUUGUCCUUUGAGAUGGUGGAGAACAUCUGAUUUUAUUGCAAUAGAAGUGUACUAAGGUCGGUGCUAGUGGUUCGUUGCUGCAUUCUAUUCACCCAAAUGAUAUUUUCAGAGAUUUUAUUCAUAUGCAUACAUUACUUCAUUAACAUGUUAUUCAUGUUUUCAUAUGCCUAAAUUAUUACAUUUUCACUUUUGUUUACAUAUGUACAUAUCAUAGUAUUUUCAGUUGUUCUCUUUGUUCUCCUCAUUUUGUUUUUGCCUUAGUCGUUUGUCCAUCCUUCCGUCCGAUAUCGGCUUGUCAGCGCUUCUCCAAAUUCCCUGAUCGGAUUUCUGUUUAAUUGGUAUGAAGUCAAGGUGUGCAUUCGUCGGCAAGUCCUGCUCAAAUAUUUUUUCUGUGGAGUUGUGACCCCUUAAAAGCUAUUCACGAAUUAAAUUUGUCUCGAUGACUUCUCCUUCACUAUUGUUUGGAUUGUUAGUAUUUGAUUGAAACUGCAUAGAAAUGAUCAACACGAAGCUUAUUUUACGGAUUCAUCGCAUGUUCUUUCAUUGAACUACAGCCCUUUGAUUGGUAUACAUAAUGUCUAUGUAUAAAGUCUUGUCUGCGCUUCAUUUCUCAAACUACUUCCAAAUUUCAAAUGGUACUUCACAUUUGUGAUUUGUAUAAAGCCAAAUUCAACAAAUCUUUGACACAGUCCGUUUAGAUUUCAGUAAAACUUUACCAGAAGGAUUGCUAUGAAGCAUAGUUGUGCACAGCGUAAGCACAUCCUGCUCAAAUCAUUAGCGGAGUUACGGCCCUUUACAGGAUAUUUUUGGAUUCAAUUUGUCUGGACUGCUUCUCUUAAAUUGCUGGAUUUGAUUGAAAUUUGACAUGAAUGAUCAUAUGCUACGGGUCUUAAAAUGAAUCAUAUUUAUUGAGCUAUGGCCCUUUGACUAUCAAAGUCCAUGCAGAGAUUCUUCUUUCAUCUUCAAAACUCCCUUCAGAUUUCAGUUAAACUUUACAGGAAUUAUUGGUAUAAUGCCUUGUUGCUCAUGAUUAUUUUUUGUAGAGUUAUGACCCAUUAAGUUCAUUUUAAGGAAAUUAUUCGCCCAGACUUUUGACGGGAUUUGCUGUAACUUCUAGGAAUGACAAGUAGCAAGUCUAGUUAUACAUACUAGUAUGUUACAGGCAGCUGUUAUGGGUAAAUAAUUUUCCAGUGAGUUAUGACUUUGAAUUUUUUUUGCGUAAAAUCUGCAUAGCACCAUUUGUUUCUCUGCAACAAGUUAAAAUUUACUUCCAAGUUCUAUUUCCUAAAACACUUGUUUUAGCAACAUCAAUUUCAUGGGGAGACAUACGUUUUUUUUUUCUUCUCAAAAACAACCAUCUAGUAAAAAGAUGUUAUGACCCGAUUAUAUUUUAACCAUACCGCAUGUUUGGUGUUCAAUUUUUAUGGAGUUGUAAGCUACGUUUUUGUCUAUGAUUGGAUGUAACAUUUCAUGAAAAAUGUUUUGAAAACCUACUAUGGCUGAGAUGCUUUAAUAUUUGGGUUUGUUGGGUCCACAGUAGUAUUUAUUUCGUUGCUACACUUUCUGCAAAGGAAUUGAGUAUACGCAUAUAUAGUUCAUAACUUUUAGUUUUUAUACAUUAAACUACUUACACGUGCAUGUUUUGAUUAUAAAAGAUUCUUUUUUGUAUCAUUAUGUGUGUAAGUGAUUCACCUGGCGGAGAGAUCUUAAAUCUACAGUGGUAUUUUCGCCGCUGACCGCUCCGCUGUGGUGACCGCUGUACUCCUUUAUUUGUUUGUUUUGAACUUGUUGUUUAUUAAAAAAUUUGUUUAACUUUGGCUAUGUAUUUUUUGAACAAAUGUUUAUUAUUUACACGUUCAUAUAAUACAUUGCUAUAGGGUUUGUUUUCGAACGUGGAUGUUAGAUGUUUGUCCUUGUUCUAAUGUUCAUGUACCUUUGGUGUCAACCUGCGGCGAACCCCGAAAGGCAAUUGUUGGGAAUAACGAAUAAGGCAAAUCAUUACAACACAUUUACAUCGUUUUAAAAUAACGAACGUCACAUGUUAUGCGAUUGUAUGGAGGAAGACAUAUCAUAUCCAUGUCGUGUUUUUCAGAAAGGAUUUAUAGAUUUGAAACAAGUUCUGUGAUUUUUUAAAUUCAAAUGAGAAUGUCUUGCAUAUUGUAUAUAUUUAUAUCAUAUAUUACAUUGUUUAACAAAAUCUCAAUAUUUUGCCAACUUGUUUAGAUGUACGGGGAGUACAUAUCUUUUAUGAAAUUACGCAAAUGAUUUGAACAAAAGUGUCUUGCUGACGCACUAGAUUUUCAAGAAAGUAUUAUGUGAUCAUAUAUUUGUAUGCAUUUACCGCCCUCACCUCAUUAUGAAAGUCAUUGAAAUACAUUUAUAUUGUUUGCAUUUAUCAAACGACAGAAAAACAUUUUAUGGGAAAAAGUGCAAAUAUUGAUUUUCAUCAAGCUUUGAACAAAUGUAUAUAAAAAAGAUCAAACAAUAAAGGUAUUGCAGGACAACACA